AUGGCAGACUUCCCAAUCCCCGAGAGCUAUGCCGACAAACUGGAGGCUAUAGAGGUUUAUGAUACACGAACCGACGAGCACAUCCUCGCUUCAUUAAACCAGUUUGUCCCCGUCACCUCGGAGAAGAACAUUUGGUCGUUUUGGCACGACGGCGUGCUCAACAUGCCGGCGUGGUGCCAGCGCAACGCCGUGGACUGGGUGCGCAUUUGCGGGCCUGACUGGACGAUUCGCGUCCUAGACAACGUGCCCGACUCGCCCAGCUAUGCCCUCCGAUACCUAUCGGCCCAGAAUUUGCCCGACUGCUUCGUCAACAGAACGAUGGACGGGCCUUAUGUCGGGCAGCACUCCGCCGACUUUGUCAGGACCGCGUCCAUCCUCGAGCACGGCGGGGCGUGGAUGGACACGGGCAGCAUCAUGGUUCUGCACAUGGAUCGCAUCUGCUGGGACUGCAUCAGUGACCCAAACUCGACUUACGAGGUGGCUACAGUCCUGCGGGGAGAUCAGUGGAUCUUCAACUAUUUCAUGGCAGCGAGGAAGAGCAACCCUUUCAUCCGCCGCCUGAACGACCUCAUCCUGCAUCUGUGGAAGGACCGGAACAACCACAGGGGCGUCACGCACAACGCUCUGUUCAGCUAUCUCCCGAGGAUGUUUGCAGCUAGCAAGAACACCCAGGAGCAUGGCGGCCUGGCCAUUUUUGACUGGAAGGUCAGCAUGCAGGAGCUGCUCGACUAUGCGAUGCAAAUGGCCGCGUGGAACCGGCUGGCGCUGCUCGAGGACGCGGGCGACGGCUUCUCGGGCGUCGAGUACUGGACGCGCCACAUGCUGCUGCUCGACUAUGCGCCCGAGACCGGCAUGCCGAUGAAGAUGCUCGGGGCUGCCAAGAACGGCGGGGAGCGUAUGCUGCGUCUAUUGUCGAUGUCGGGGCAAGUAGGAGACGACGACGACGACGAUGGCGACCAUCGGGAGGCAGAGCGGGUCGUUUGGGAGACGCUGGCUCACAGCAGCAUGUGGAAGAUUUCCCACGUCAAGGGGCUGACUCACAAACCCCAGUUGGGGUCGCUGCUGGACGCAGACGAGAACAUGGGCAUGGAUCGGGCCCCCGGUACAUUCAUGGAGCUGCUGAGGUAUGGCACGGUGCAUUUUAGGCAGAAGAGGCAAUCCCCAAACCUGCGAGAGGCGCCGCGCCCGGCAUUCGCGCUGAAGACUGGCCUUCUGGAGCCGUAG